AUGGCAUACCCAGAAGGCAACAGAACUUGGCAAAUCAUUCAUAACGCCAAAACAGAAGGUUAUGGCGUCGGGGGCUUCUGUGUGUACAACACUGAAGGUGUUCUCGCCGUAAUCAAGGCUGCUGAAAGAUGUCGCUCUCCAGCUCUAAUCCAGUUUUUCCCCUGGUCGAUGCAUUUCCAAGGGCCUGCCUUCAUCAAAUUUGCCGCUGAAGCAGCACAUGCUGCAUCGGUGCCAAUUGCGGUCCACCUCGAUCACUGCCUCAAGCCGAGCGACGCCGACAUGGCAUUGGAAUGUGCCUUUGACUCAAUAAUGGUCGACGGUUCUAUGUUCGAAGAGGAGGAAAACAUUCGAUACGUCAAGUCUGUCGUGGAUAGAGCUCGCAAAAAGAACAUGACCGUUGAGGCAGAGCUGGGAAGGAUGGAGGGCGGAGAAGACGGGCUCCCGACCGUUGACCUCGAGAGCGUAUGGACGGAUCCGGACCGCGCCGCUGAAUUUGUAAAGCAGACGGGGGUUCAUUUUCUUGCGCCGAGCUUUGGCAACGUCCACGGACCGUAUCCCCCUGGAGGCGCAGAGAAACAUUGGCAGCUUGAUAGGUUAGAAAAGAUUUAUGAAGCUCUUGGGGAGGCGACGCCGCUGGUUUUGCACGGCACGCACCCGCUGUCAGACGAAAUGGUCAAGGUGGGCAUGGCUAAGGGAAUGGUCAAGGUGAACCAGAACCGCAACGUGCGCAAUGGUUAUCACAAGUACUUGGAGGAAAACUGUUCCAAAGUGGAACUUACAACACUGCAAGUCCAGGGAGUUGAGGAGUAUUCAAAAGGCGUCGAACGCUUGAUGGUCGAGGUGCUCGGGUCGUCUGGUAGGGCGUAG